AUGACUUUCGAUGAAGCCAUCGGCAACACAGAGGGCCUCAAGAUUGUGCAGCUUGAAAAGCCUAUCAUCGUUCAUCAGCCCGUAGGCAAUGUCCAAGUUGGUGAUCUUCCAGCAAAGGAUGAGAUCCACGAGAAUGGGAAGAAAAAGCUACAGUUCUUAGAUGUCAUCAUGAAUUACAAAGGGACAUUCAAUUUUAAGGAGAUUGAGAAACUUUUUCUCCAGCAGCGUUACGCAGAUCUCCCUGCACCAUUGGGCAUGAAGGGAAACAACCGCACUCCGUACAACAUGCAACUCUUCAUCCUAGAGCAAGGCCACGAAACCUAUCACAUCGUGAAGCAUAUCAAGUUUAUAGGCAACACGAAGGUCAACCACCAGACCAUCUUGCACACGGUGUAUGGCAGAGCCCUCGAGAUAACCUGCAAAGUCAUUUUCGUGAAGGUUCUCGUCCGCUACAUGAAGCUAUUCCCGCAAGGAAGCUCUUCCAAACCCACCAAAGAGACAGAGGACAUUCGCAAGGGCUUUGACUUCAUCCGCCUAGAAGGGCCUGAGGAAAACUCUGAUGGUCAGUUCACAUCCUGGACUGAGGAGCAGGUGAACGACCCCGCCUCGCCACUAUACAAGUGGGAAAGGGGGACCAUCAAGGAGUUUCUUCGGUGCCUUGCUGACCAAGGUUCCCAAGCCAAUACUAUCAAAGAUUGGCCUCUUACUUUCAAAAGCAUUGCGCCUUGGGCCCUCAACCACGUGAUCUCGCCUAUUCUGCCUCACAUCCUGGAGCACGCCAUUGUGUGGAUAGGGCGCUCCUAUGUCGGAAAGAGCCCCAUGUCCUACACAAUCCCAGGACCACGUCCAAAUACUAAGCGCGAUUGGGCUCCCAUCGCAAAGAAGGUGCUUGCCAAUCGAAAGGUUAUUCUGCACAGCGGCGGGGCGAGAGCUUACAAGCUCAAGCUCCCGCAGCUUCUGCAUUGCAACGUGGUCCACAAAAAGAAGAAAGUCAAGAUCAAUGGCAAGGUGCUGUUCUUUUAA